GGGCAAGUUCAUUUUUAAAUGAACAACAAACGAACGAACGAAAACAGAUCGCUUGCUCCUUUCUGAAAGCGUUUCCGCUAUUCUUUCUUUUUCUGUAUUAUUUUCGACUAUUUUCAUAAACGUUUUAAUUCGUAACCUCGUCAGCUUUGAAUUGAAAGCGUACAGUGCUGAGUGUUAGUCCCGUGGAGUGUACGAAUGAGAUUAUCGGGCGAAGAUCAAUCUCCACAUUUGGCCGACAUAGACGAUAUUUUGGAUACUAAUUUUACGACCAUCAGGCGCUGAGCAACUGGGACUCGAACGAAGAGGAACUAUUUUCUAUCCUAUAUUUUAUAUGGCGAACUGAACUCUAAAUGCUGCAACAUACUGUUUUCGUGCAAAAAUACAUUAGUCCAGCACUAACGCGAUAGAAUCAUCAUCAACACUAAAUACACCAAAUAAAAUAGACUUCACAUGGCACCGUCGAAGUACGUCCGGGGAGCAGCAGCAACGACGAAAUCAACACUUUUACCAUUAGCCCGGAAAGGAAUAUCAACGAGAUCACAAAAUAUACAGGACCAAAAUGUAGCGCCAGUGACGAAUCGUGGGAAGCGGAAGGCAGACAAUAGUCCAUUGAAGAAUGACAAAGUCAAGCGAUCGGCCUUGGGCAAUUUAACAAAUAACGUCAUACAAAUCCAUGUAGAUGAUAAGAAAAAUGUGUUGGCCAAAUCGGAUAAUGUUAGCAAAAAGACUGCUCAUAUUCACACAACUAAGAAUGAUGCGAUCAAACCACAAUCACAUCUCCAUGAUUCGACAGCAACUAAUAAAAUACUAACAAGGGCUGCAGCUAAAAAUGCAACGAACCAGAUCCUCCCACCACCCCUACCUUUGCCGUCUCAGGCGAAAGUGGUUGCAGCAGCGGCCACAUCGACGACGGAUGUACCAACGGUAACCGUAACCAAGAAUAAGGAUCCUGUAGAGACGUCAUCGAAACCAGCAACUCGACGCAUCUCCAAUGAAUUUGAAAAGACUGAAGAAAGCCUGUACAUGUCCGCGCUGGAGGACAUUACAAGCUGCGAGUCGAUUCGAUUUUCAGGUAAUUUCGAAUCACGACGAUCGCUUCGUCGCUCGUCGGAUCUUGCAACCCGUGAUACGCAGCCGACAAAAUCAGAAGAUAUAGUGACGAGUAGUGACCGAAUAGCAACACCAUCGCCCCUUAAAAAACCACCGCGCGUGGUGCCUGAAGGUGUGGUGGAUUUCGAUAAAGACUUUUGGAACGACCCAUUCCAAGUGUCUCAUUAUGCUAUGGAUAUUUUCGAAUAUCUUAAGCAGAGAGAGCAGACAAUGUUCCCGAUAAGGGAUUACAUGGAUGACCAAGUUCAUCUUUCCAAAUGGAUGCGAUCUCUUCUUGUCGAUUGGAUGGUAGAAGUACAAGAAACCUUCGAAUUGAACCAUGAGACUUUAUAUUUAGGCGUUAAGCUUGUAGACACGUAUUUAAUGCAAACAGUUGUUUCUAAGGACAAACUGCAGCUUCUGGGUGCAACGGCGUUAUUCAUUGCUUGUAAAUAUGAUGAGCGUACACCACCUCUAGUUGAGGACUUUCUAUACAUAUGCGAUGGAGCCUAUACACAUAAUGAAAUCAUCAAAACGGAGAAAGAUUUGCUCAGGACAGUUAAUUUUGAUCUGAGUAUUCCGCUGUCAUAUCGCUUCCUGCGACGUUACGCACGGUGUGCGAAGAUUCAAAUGCAAACAUUAACGUUAGCCAGGUACAUUUUAGAGAUGUCGCUUAUGGAUUACUCAGUCAUUACUCUAAGAGACUCACACUUGGCAUCAGCUGCAUUGUUUAUGGCGUUGCGUAUGACUGGUGUUGAUAAUCCUUGGGACAAGACAUUGGAAUAUUACAGUGGAUACAAACUUGAAGACUUCGCUUUCAUCGUGCCAAUGCUGAAUAACUUCUUACAACGCAAACCUCGCGAAGCCAUCAAAACCAUUCGGAAUAAAUACUCACAUAAGAUAUUUUUCGAAGUGACAAAGGUUCCGCUGCUAAGUUUAGAGAAGCUUUUCGAAAAUACCGGAAUGAUUGAAAAAACAACGGCCGUCUAACUUCUCAUACAACCAAGCCACACAAGCUACAUGAUAAGCCUGUUAAUCAUCACUUAUCCACCUUUUUUUAACUGCAUUAUUGACAUGAUACGACAAAAAGCAAAAUGUUGAAAAACCAAAACUUACAUUUCGAAUAUUUUUCAUUUCAAAAAGAAGACUUAAUGAUUAUUAGCUGUAAGCAGAUUUUUUUUUGGAGAAAAGAGCAACUUUUUUUUUAUUUCUGAAACUUUUUGUUAUACACAUAAAAUCUAAAUUUUCUCAUUGCCAUUUACAUGAUUAUUUUUGUAUUCUGUAAUUUUCACUUGUGAAGUAAUAUUAAUUGCUUUUUUCAUCAAUAUGGUGUUCUAUUUAAAUGUUUCGAUUCCAGCGGAGGCUAUUGAUAAUUCGGUAAUCGAAUCCCAUAAUAUUUAACAUAUCAGUUAAUAUUAUCCCCAGAUCAUCAGCAAGCUUCCUUUAAUUCAUCUUCGCAUUCUUUAAAGUGAAAGAGUUCUAUUUGGAUUGUAUGCCAUCUUCUAUUUAUUGUCUAUAAAAAGCAAGUCAUGAUUGGAAUUAAUUAUUUGGAAGAAUGUUCCCGGGAACCCCCACUAUCGUGCGCAAUUGGUGUGUAUCGAUUUUUCGUAAAAGUUGCCACAAAUGCCAAGCAUCUUCCAUACUCUUUGUGUUUCGACUUAUUUCUAUUAAUUUUAUUCAUUUGGUCUAAUGAUUCUAGUGAAAUUGAAUCGAAAUUUAUCAAAGUUGCAGGUGUAUUCUCCCGUGAAACACGUUCAAAACUUAUCGAAAAGAAAAUAUUGCGUUACAUUGGAUUUCCACUGAGUUUGAAUUGGAAUAAACUUUUUAAAACUCUCA